AUGUCACUGCUGCCCAUUAGAUCCGCCCAUAGCCGUCCUUCGCCUACGCCUACGCCUUCAAUUUGUCUCCAACAAUACUCGACGCCGUUCGAAACAAUGACAUUCAACUACACACAUCGGACAUCGAUAUGCUUCCGAGAAUAUCCUUCGGAGUUUGAGGUAUGGAUAACGACCAGUGAUUCAUCAUCUCGUCUACCACUCUUCGCAUCCAAGAUGGAAGGGAUACGAACAGCGAGCGCAUAUAUCGCCAGUCAGGCCGGAAUGCAAUUCUCUAUCGGAGCGCGCAACUCUUCAAACUAUGACAUGAACUUCUCCGUCCUUCUCGAUGGCCAGCGCAUGGGAUCAUGGGUCCUUCAACGGUCAAAGAGCGCUAUGACCGACGGAGUGCAGACCUCGGACUCAACAAUACGUCCCUUCGAGUUUGCCUUGCUUCAAGUCGCAGACAUGGACGAUGAAGACGGUUUCCCUCAGGUGGAUGUGGCAAAGCUCGGUCUUAUAGAAAUUCAAUUUCACCGGACGGUUCUAUGCGGGCUUUACCCAGCAACUGACUCUCGCGGAGCCGCUGAACUGCUUAGCUCUGCCCCUGUGUCGGAAAGGAGUAAGAAGGUUGGGUGGCAUCGAACAGCGCUCGGUGAAGAGAAGACGGUCAACCUGGAUGCAUAUGUGCAUAGCGACCUAAUUGAUCCCCUGGAGUCCCCUUACCUUAGGUUCCUGAUAAGGUAUCAGCCUGAAGAUCUUCUUCGUGCUCGUGGAAUUGUGCCUUCAAUGGAACAUGGUGUGGAGAACCCUUGUAGCGUACCUGGGCCAUCAUCACAUAUAGUCGGGAGCAACAACAAUCACUGGCCACUUGGUUUUCCCGCUGAGGGUCAGGGCGAACGGUGGUGGGAGAACGCCUUGGAGACUGGGCGCUCGGGUGCACUUGAAACCAAGGGUCUGAAGGUGGAGCCACCAGAGAGCGUCCCAGUCAACAUGUACCAAGAUGGAGGAUUACAGGAUCAGGACGGGUGGCGCUACCAGACUCGACCGAACGAGGCUCCGUACGAGCAACGAGAAUAUAUCGCGGUGAAAUCAGAGAACAGGAGCUUCCCAACGUUCUUUGCGACGGAUUUGAUCUAG